AUGGGCUACUUGCGCCCCAAUUUCACCGUUGUGGUAGCCCCUGAAUACCUGCAUCGGUUUCGCGUCGACCCCGUGCAGGCGAACCUCAACAUCACUGCAGUGACUCCCUCCGAUUCGGGCAUCUACACGGUGGAGGUCUCUCCCCUCGGAAGCGCCGUGGAGAAGGGAAACAUCACUGUCGUUGUCUAUGAGCAGGUGGGUAACGUCUCAGUGAGUCCAUUGACUGCGGCGGUGGCAGAAGGCAAUGACUCGGUGACCCUGAUCUGCAGCCCAGUCCGAGGCUCCGUCUCCUGGGCCAAGGAUGGGAAGGCCCUGCCAGAGAACCCGCGGUAUCUGCGCUCUGGUGGUGCCUUGCAGAUCGACCACCUGCUACGCCAAGAUGCUGGGCUCUACCAGUGCACCGUCUCCAACCCUUUCGGGAACGGAACUGCGACCGCUCAGCUCUCUGUCUAUUAUGGCCCAGAGACCCCGACGAUCACCAUCUCGUCGUCAUCAGAUCAGGAACCCGAAUCGGGGAGCUUUGUGCUAGUGAACAGCAGUGUGAACCUCACGUGCCUGGCGCCAUCCCAGCCCCUGGCGAAGAUCUACUGGAAUGUGGCAGAUAUCCAGGACACCUUUGUGCCCUCUGUUCCGGUGCUGCAUCUCCCUAGGGUGAACUUAAAUCAAGCUGGGCCCUAUACUUGUCUGGCGUUCAAUCAGCAGACGCAGCGGCGCGUCCGAAGCACUCGUAAUCUCGUCGUCGCCCAACGGCCCAUCGGAUCCCCUCUCUGCUCUGUGACUUCAGCGGACAAUGGCACCGCUUUGCUUUUUGUUUGUUCCUGGCCUGGGGGCUCACCUGAUCCUAGUUUAACUUUCCAAGGGCUCUCCGGGUACGAGGAGGAGGUCAGUACCUCCAGCGUGCGGCAACUGCUGACUUCUCCCUUCCCACCUGAGCUUAGCGGCAACAGAGUCACCUGUCUGGGACGCCACCUGGCAGCACAGAGCAACUGCAGUGUGACACCAGAAGCCCCCUCGGGUGUCUCGCUCUCGUUCUGGGCCUAUGAUGACGCAGACGGGUCAGUGACUGUGGAGUUCCACUGCCAUGGGAAAUUCAACCCCGUGCAGAUUGACUGGCUUCGAGACCGGAGGCCACUGGCUGGAGGCCGUUACCAGCUAAGCUCCAAAGGCAACCGACUCACCAUCUGGAACUUCACUGCCCCGCAGGACCUGGGAGAUUACAGCGUCAACUGCUCCAACCCCCUGGGAUCCCAAAACUCCAGCCUCACAGUUGUCGGUCCGUCCAUCACUGACUGGAUGCUGUCUCAUGGAACCCUGCCCGGCUCUGCAUACAUCACCUGGACUGUUCCCAACAGAUCCGUGGUGACCAACUUCUGGAUCCAGACGCAGGAUGCAACACAACGCCGUUCUGCUGAGGAAUGGAAGACCGUGGAUGUUCUUGGGGCUACUAACCGAUCUGCCACCAUUGUGGGGCUCGAACCCCAAACAUCCUAUUCUUUCCGAGUCGUGCCUCGUUUGGGGUCCCAAACCGGGGAUGCCUCUUCUGUACAGAUCCUCCAACCAGAAGGCUCCCAUCUGAGUUCUGGUGCCAUUGCUGGAAUUGUGGUCGGCUCCAUCUUGGGGAUGUUUCUGAUCACUGGACUCCUGAUGCUGCUGUUCUUCUACUUUCGGAGAGGAAGCAACAAGAAAAUCCCCCCAACACCACCUGAGACCCGACAACAUUACCUGUCACGCCAGUUCCCGAAUGGAAGUAAGCUGGAGCCAUAUGACCACUCUUGGGGCAAUCCCCGCUGGUCAUCAGAAGGCUCGGACAUCUAUGCUAUCACCUAUGAGAAACACCUAGGCAGAUAUGGUGACCGCAGCACGCUGCCUAUAGAUGCCAGUGACAGCAGCACCCUUUCCUCAGCCAUACAACCUGGGACCAAGAAAGUACGCAGUGCUACUCAGGUGUGACCUGGAGAAGGUGUGAUGUGGAAAAGAAGCUGUGGACUAGGAAAGAAGCCGUCGGCCAAACGUGGCUGAUGAUGUGGGAUGCUGGCAUCUGGAAUUGGAGUCAUGGCUUCUCUCCUGAUGCAUCCAUAAGUGAUACGAGAUACGCGAUACGAGCCUGGGAUACGAGAGCCAGAUUUCUGGAAUUAGAACUUUGGCUUCAUGGCACCAUGAUGGGGCUGAAAGUCCAAUGGGCAACCCAGAUCUCUGGGGCAGCAACCUAGCUAACCCUGGUGAGGUUGAAUGGGAGAACAGGAUCCAGCCAUUCAGGGGGCUGCAUGUUGUGUAGGCUGGAGGCAACGGUAAGAUCCAGGCAUCCAAAGCACACCAAACAGGAUGAUGAAAAAUGUUGUCUGGGAUUCUGAGCUUUCUGCCAUGGCCACGCUAGGGAUCUCUUGGAAUGGAGCUUUACGACAGAACAACCUGAGUUCUUGGCAUGAACUGGGAAAGUGGCAAGAGAACAAGUUCCUGAAUGGGGGUAUGUUACAAAGAAUGCUUAAGCUCACCCUUGCAGCAGAGGAUGUUGCAAAGGAGAGGCCUGAUGGUGUAUUUGAAGGGUUUGGACGCUGAUACCUCUUUGCAGAGGGUAGUACUCAAAAGCUGCCAAAUGAACAUGUGCCUUUCUGGGCGGCAAUUUAGCCUCCUUAUAUCCCACGGCUGCAGUCCUGCAUCUGCCAAAGUUAUCCUUUCUGUUAUCAAAAGACGACUGGAGCCCUUCCUUAUACUGAACACGGAAAUUUUUACCAGGACCUACUAAAACUACGAUUAUAAAAUUUCAACAAAAGUGAUCAAAGUGGUUUAUACUGGAAAAUAAACAAAGAAGUAAGAUGGGUCCCUGUCCCCAAAGGGCUCACAAUCUAAAAAGAAAUGCAAGAUAAACACAAAAACCACUGAAGGGAUGUUGUGCUGGGAUCGAAUAGGAACAAUUGCUCUCUUCCUAUUAAAAGAGAAUCAUGAAUACGAAUACGACCAAUAUUUAUAUUCUGCUUUUCAACAAAAGUCCCCAAAGUGGUUUACAACUAACUGUGCUAAACACUUUGAAAGGUGCCUCCUUUGCUGUAUUAAUGGGGACCUUCCAGUUUGGAUGUGUUUGAAGACAUUGGAGCUCCCUCUCUGAGGCUGGAAGAGAUAACUCUGGGUUGGGUCAGUUUGGAGAAGGUGGUCCUUCCUCCCUGAGCAUGGAAGCAGAGGGCGUGACUUCCUGGUUUGGGCCAGUUUGAAGAGAGUGGUACUUCCUCCCAGGGGUCUUACAGAGAGGGCGGAACUUCCUGGUUUGAGCCAGUUUGA